UAUUAUUCAGAUAAAGGAAAUCUAAGAGGAUGCCGGAUACUGACAACAAUUGAUGUGAAAUAAACUCUUUCCAUCUAGGCCGGUGUUUAAACGUUCAAUAUGGAAAAUGCUCCACAGACUGGAAAAAAAAUCAUGAAGCAGACUUCUAAUCAGGAAAGGAUCUUCAAAGUUAUUGUUGUAGGAGAUUCAAAUGUAGGUAAAACUUCCUUAACUUACAGAUUUUGCGAAGGCAAAUUUUUGGAUUCCCCAGAAGCAACUAUAGGUGUUGAUUUUCGAAGUAAAGUAUUAUGGAUAGAUGAUGAAAAAAUAACGCUACAAUUGUGGGACACUGCAGGACAGGAAAGAUUCAGAAAAACCAUGGUUCGUCAUUACUAUAGAAAUGCAAAUGCAGUUGUGUUUGUUUAUGAUGUUACCAAUUCUGCUUCUUUUGAUUCUUUAAAGAAGUGGAUCAUUGAAGUUGAUCUGCAUUGUCCACCAGAUAUCCCUAGAAUACUUGUUGGGAAUAAAUGUGAUGAUUCUCCAAUGAUAAACACCCAUGAUGCCCAAACAUUUGCGGAUCACCAUAAUAUGCCUUUGUUCGAGACUUCCGCUCGCCUAGAUUCAGAGUAUGACAAUGUUGAAUCAAUUUUUCUCACUUUAGCUCAUAAAUUGAAGAAUCAGAAACCAUUUUUUGCUCCAAAAAUAGAUCUCAAUGAGAUGAAUGAUCCAUCUACAAAUAAAUCUGGUUGCUGCUCAUAAAAAAAAAAUUGGUGGAAAUCAAGGAGGGAUCGAUCUUUGUAUAAUAUAUAUCUUUGUUACAUAAAAUAAGAUCAAGAUGCUUAAUUGUCACAAUAAGUAAUAUUAUUUCUAGGGGUCAAAGAAAUAAAAUCGUAACUAUCUCA